ACGAGGAUGGUUGGUGAGACUACAAAGACAGGUCAGCGUAAAAGGAAGAACAGUAUUAUGGUGGAUAAUUAUGCGAGGGAUGUGAAUGCCAUGGAAGGCCUUACGCAAGUCAAUCAAGAAGCUCCCCAAGAUGGACCAGUUCCAAAUAUUCAUAUUCCUGAAGAAGAUAUGGUCCAAGAAGAUGAUACAGCUGAAGAUGCACCAACACAAGAUACAAUUAAAGCUGCAAGAGGCAUAAAAAAGAAAAGGGGUCCAACAAAAAAGAAAAAUCUUGCUAGGGACCCUGCGAACCGAAUUCAGAUUCAAUUUACUGAUUCUGGUGAACCAUAUGGACCCGGAUCAGUACACUUGUCAUCGUUUUUGGGCCCUCUUGUAUGA